CAAGAAAAGACAAGCACACAAGAUUAUGAGAUGAAAGAAGAGGAGGGAGAGGAGGAAGAGGAAGAAGAAGAGGAGGAGGAGGAGGAGGAGGAGAAGAGGGGCUCUGUGAAGACCAAACAGCAUUUUACAGCUCUUCCUGACUACCCAAAGCACAUCAAACUGGACAAGCACAGUUUUGAAGAAGAGGAAGAGGAAGAGGAAGGAGGAGGGGGAGGGUUAGGUGUGGCCCUCCCUCCCCCUCCCACACCACUGCAGUCCCAGCCUCUGAUUGGCCAGCUCUCAGCCAAUCAAGAGAGAGACUUUAUGGCCUUGCAGGUUGAAUUGAGUGAAGCAAGAGUGGAAGUAGAGAGGCUGAGAGACAGACUGGGACAACUUGGUGAUUUGAAGGGACAAGUGAAUGCACUGAGAGAGAAGGUGAAGGUGGAGGGCAGUUCCUACCUGUCGUAUGUGUCUCAGGUGUUGUCGUCAAUCUUGGACUUGAUCUUCCAGAUACAAGACGAGAACACAAGCAAGAGGAAGGAGGAGGAGGAAGAGGAGAGGAAGAGAUCGGACAGCCUUCACCAGCAGCUGACAGAGACCCAACACAAGCUGGCAGACACUCAACACAAGCUGGCAGACACACACAGACUGGCUGAUGUUUAUAAAGGCCAGUUGGAAGAUGCUCACAGGGAGAUUGAAAUAUAUAUGGACCAAUUGCAUAGACAAGAACAAAGCCUACAGCAAGCAGCAACGGAAGCAGAGGAGGCAAGACAGAAGAUGGAGGAGGAGAGGAAGAAGGAGGUGGAGGAGGUGGAGGAAAGGUGGAGAGAGAAGAUGAAGCAAGCUACUCUAGAACAUGAACUGGAGAUGGAAGAGUUAAGACAGCAGUUAGGAACAGUGAAGGAGACACUGGUGGCCGGCCUAGAGGGAAGAGUGGAGGAGAAAGUAAGGGAGCAACUUCAGCAAGAAAAAGAAAGAAUUGUAAAGAUUUUGGAAACAAGUUUUGUAGAGAGGGAAAGAAAUGCACUGGAAAUUUUGAAGGCAGAGCUGCUGGAAAGGUUGAGGCAGGAGAAGGAGGAAGCAGUGGAAGAAGAAGGAAACAAGAUCAGUGCUGAGUGGAAGAAAGAUUUGCAUAGGAAAGAAGAAGAAAAGAAGAGAGAAAGACAAGAAUUUCUGGAGAAUGAGAGGAGACACUGGGAGAAGGAGAAGGAAGAGGAAGUGCAGAGGAAACUUGCUCUUGUGGUGGAGGAAGGCCGAAGGGAACUGGAGAAGGAGAGAAAGAGACACAGGCUGGAGGUUGAAAACAUAAGGUCUAGAUUUAGAAUGAUGACAACGACCACAGCCACCACCAGCACCUCCCCCACUAGCUUGCCUUUCUCUUCAAGUCCCAGCGAGGAGCACCCGCCCUCCUCCCCACCCUCCUCUCUCAACAGAUGGGAGGGCCUGGACAGACUGAGAGAGGAACUGAUGAAAGAGAGAGAGAUAGAGAUUGAAGAGAGAAUUGCAAGUGUAAGAGAGGAAGAAAGGAGGAAAUUAGAUGACGAAAAACAGAUGGAGUUUGCAGAAGCAGUGAAAGCUUUGGCGCAGGACAAGGAAAGGGUUAUUGAAGAUUUGAAGAUUAGGAUUCAGCUUCUAACAGAUGAGUGUGACAGAAGAAGAGGAGGAGGAGGAGGAAGGGAAAAAUGUUGGAGGACAUAUUGCAAGAAAAUGUUGAAUUGAAGAAUCAGAUCACCUCACUGCAGAAAAAAGUCAGAAAUUUGGAAACUGAACUGGCAAGAGCAAAACGGUUUUCAUUUGUGAUGCAGCAGAGCACCACCACCACCACCGCCACCACCGCCACCGCUGCUGCUGCUGCCACCGACAUGACGGCCUCCACAGCCUCAACGACUGUUAAUGAAGACACAAGAGAGAAUUUGCCUAACCAAGCCAGCCCACUCCUGUCUCAUGGUACCAUCGCCUUUAAUUCCUGCCAGACUGGGGACACUGUGUUGGUGCUUUAGGGUGCACUACAUGGCCACUACAAAGUGUUGCAGGAAGGUGUCUCCUCACAACACUUGCAUUUCCAACACUCUGAUGCUUACAACUAGCUGGGAUUGACCAAAGGUGAAUGUGUGUGUGUGUGUGUGUGUGUGUGUGUGAGUAAGUGUGACUUGCUGGCCAGAGAUGCUUAGCCUUGUUUUCAAGAGCGUUUCUUCCGUCAGUAAUGCAGAAAUGUUGUUAAUCUGUCACUGCAACUGUAAAAACACCCUUGAAAACCCACAUCACUUCAAGUAGAGCCUUUUAAAAGAGUAUUUCUCCUGUCAGUAAUGCAGAAAUGGUUAAUCUGUCACUGCAACUCUAAAAACACCCUUGAAAACCUGCAUCACUUUAACUACAGCCUUUUAAAAGAGUGUUUCUCCUGUCAUUAAUGCAGAAAUGUUGUUAAUCUGUCACUGCAACUGUAAAAACAUCCUUGAAAACCUGUGUCACUUCAACUAGAGCCUUUUAAAAGAAUGUUUCUCCUGUCAGUAUUGCAGAAAUG